AUGUACGGCGGAGGCAGCAGCAGCCGCUGCAGUUCCGCCAGCACCAGUGGGGACGGCGACGGCGACGGCGACGUGAAGCAGAAGCAGCAGCGGCUGCCAAUGAAGGAGAGGGAGAAGCCCAACGUGGAGGAUGGAAGCCGCCGGAGGGGGAGGGGGAGGGAGAGGGAUCAGCUGCAGGAAGAACAAGAGGAGGCUGCUGCGGCUUCUUCAGGUGGUUCUUCAUCAACAACGGCUUGUCGACGACGGCUGCGGCUGUCGGUGUCCAUGGGGAGCCGGCUGGCGAGUGCGGCGCGGGAGCAGAGGGCUCGCCUCUACAUCAUGCGCCGCUGCGUCUCCAUGCUCGUGCGCUGGAAGCACGACGACUAG